GAAGUUAACGGAAGAAGAUCACUAGAGAGUCCAACCACUUCCAGCUGUUAUCAUCUCGUCUUCUUCUUCCUCUCUCCUUUCCUUUUCAUCUCCACAAUCAAAAGCCCCUUGUUCAAUUUAUAUACUAUUCCUCCUCCAUUGCAAUCCCUCACCGGUUUCCAUGGCUGCCUGUAGCUUUGGGGCUUCAAGUUUGCGGUUAGGACCUGCUAGAAUUGAAUUACCUAAUUUACAGCAGAAUUUGCAUGGAGUAAAACUCCCAAAUUCUCGAAGGUUUGAAGGUCUGGUGUUAUCACAACGUUCAGGGAAGGUAUACGAUCGGUGCCUAUGUUUGUCUGCCAAGAAUGCCCAAUAUUUAGAAGACGAGGAGGAAAAAUCAUCUGAAUCAACAAGCCGGCUUACUCCAAACGCUUCAGAGGUGGAGUCUCUUCUAACGGAAAUUUGUGAUACAACCUCAAUUGCGGAGUUUGAAUUGAAAUUCGGUGGAUUUCGUUUAUAUGUACUGAGAGACUUGACCGGAGAAAGUACCAGUUCUCCACCUCCGGUCUCCGCUCCGAUCAUCAGUACAACUUUGGAGACAACCGAACAAAAUGGGUCAGCAUCUUCACCCUCUCUAGCCAUCACUAAAGCUGUACCCAGUUCAGGUGGGAUUCAGACUUUUCUUGAUUCAGCUGCAGAUGAAGGAUUGGCUAUCAUUCAGUCUCCCAGGGUUGGAUACUUUCGAAGAUCUCGAACCAUUAAGGGGAAGCGAGCACCUCCACCAUGCAAAGAGAAACAAAUAGUAAAGGAGGGGCAAGUUGUUUGUUACAUCGAGCAGCUUGGUGGCGAGCUUCCGAUUGAGUCUGAUGUAGCUGGAGAAGUUAUUAAGAUCCUUCGUGAUGAUGGUGAUGCUGUCGGAUACGGAGAUGCUCUAAUCGCAGUUCUUCCCUCAUUUCCGGGAAUCAAGAAGCUUCAGUAGGUCGGUCAGCGAUAUACCCAGCCGCAUUUCGCCCCCUCCCCUCUCUUUUUGCUAGUUUCCGGAGAUCCGAUGGUUGAAAUUCUCAUACAUGCAUAUAAGAACAUUCCAUUUACAUUACAUCAAGAUCUCUGGACUUACCUUUCUUAGGAAUUUUUUUUUAUAUGUGUGGCCUCUGACUGAGCUCUCAUCUAAUAAAGGUGUAAAUUCAGAUUGUUUUGUUUCA